AUGGAGCCCGAGAGCUCAUCACCUGUUAAACUACCCCCCAAAAAUCUCCCUUCGAGACCCAGUAGUGAACGGGUGCUCCAUUCUCCAUGGGUGGCAGUAAAGGUGAUAGACAAGCGGAAGGCCAAGAAGGACUCAUACGUGACCAAGAACCUGCGGCGGGAGGGCCACAUCCAGCAGAUGAUCCGCCACCCCAACAUCACGCAGCUGCUAGACAUCCUGGAGACGGAGAACAGCUACUACCUGGUGAUGGAGCUGUGUCCCGGUGGGAACCUCAUGAACCGCAUCUACGACAAGAAGCGCCUGGACGAGAGGGAGACUCAGAAAUACAUCCGGCAGCUGGUGCUGGCUGUGGAGCACCUGCACAGGGCGGGUGUGGUGCACAGGGAUCUGAAGAUAGAAAACCUCCUGUUGGAUGAACAGGACAACAUAAAGCUCAUAGACUUCGGCCUCAGCAACUGCGCCGGCAUCUUGGGAUACUCUGACCCGUUCAGCACCCAGUGUGGAAGCCCAGCAUAUGCCGCCCCGGAGCUGCUCUCCAGGAAGAAGUACGGGCCGAAGGUGGAUGUCUGGUCCAUUGGCGUGAACAUGUACGCGAUGUUGACCGGGAAUCUCCCGUUCACUGUGGAGCCCUUCAGUCUCCGAGCCCUGCACCAGAAGAUGGUCGACAAGGAGAUGAACCCUCUACCUCCCUCACUCUGCACAGCUGCCAUCUGUCUGCUGAAGAAGCUUCUUGAGCCAGAUCCCAACAAGCGUCCCAAUAUCCACCAGGUGAUGGCCGACUCCUGGCUCCAGCUGGCCAACAAGAACACAGGCGCCCCGUACCUCAACAGGAUCCACAUCGAAGAAAUCAACCACACAGUGUUGCUGCACAUGACGGAGAAAAUGGGCUACAAGCACAGCGAGGUCCUGAGCGCCGUCCUCACCAACCGUGCUUGUCACACUCUGGCCGUCUACUUCCUCCUCAACAAGAAAAUGAAGAGACUCUCUAAAGAAUACAGGGAGAUGCAGUUCCAGGAGAAAAAGAAAGGGGAGAAGCAGAAGAGCGAAUACUUCCAGACGCAGUGGAGGAAGCACGUGGACAAGCUCACCAUACCGCCCAAACAGACGCCCGUCUACCUGGCUGUCAGCAAGGGGCCCAGUAAGGAAAAGAAACACAGGACAGGUCUUUUGCGUGCCAUAACCGGUGGACAUCGUAAUUCGCCUCUGGCACCACCCGGCACUGUUGCUUCUUCUUCUAUGGAAUAUCUAGAGAUCCAGCCGCUCUUCAACAACACCCCUCAGCAGCGGAGGCGAUUGGCCACCCUCCCGCAGGUCAACACGAGCCCAGAACACAACAUACCCGCUCCGCCGGCACCCUCACCGAUUGGCAUGCACUCAUUCGGCUCCCUCUCCAAAGCCGAACAAAUCGAAGACACCCCCACUUCCCCCUGGUACAAGCUCACCAACGGCACGCUGUCCCCACCCCGCCACGUCUCUGCCUUUCAGCCCGACUCCUCUUACUUAAAAAAGGCCACAAUCCCCAGUCCUCCAGUCCUCAUCGUCAACCCGCAGCCCAAGAAGAGCAUCUCGUCAGAUUGGUGCGGUUCCUCCGACACCAGUGGCAGCCCCCCCAGCACCGUAGGAAGCCCCCCAGGUAGCUCGGCUUUCAGCCCUCCGAAGUCUGCCUUUAGUGCCCUAAACCCCACGUCAGCAUUCAGCCCGCCCUCCAACAGCGGCAGCAGUGAUCCCGAGAGCCCCACGCACCGCAGCAAGUUCCCCUCAAUGGGCAUCGGGCAGAUCCUGAAGAAGAAGGUGCAGCUGCAGCCGUUCAGCUUCCGACCAGAACAGGUUGUAGAGGAAGUGGUUUCUCCUCCUCCCUACCCAAUGCAGACUCUCCUCUGUGCUUCUGGUGCACUCAAGACCCUCUGCUGA